AUGCCUCCGGAGCAGCAGGCUGGCUGCAUCUUUCUCCUCACAUUCCUGGGUCUGUCUGGGCUGGUUGGCACAGUUACCAGAACAUACCACAUUGGGAUUGUGGAAGAAUAUUGGAACUAUGUACCCCAGGGGAAGAACGUUAUUACUGGGAAAAGUUUCACAGAAGACAAACUCGCAACCUUAUUUCUCGAAAGAGGGCCCAACAGGGUAGGUGGUAUUUACAAAAAGGCCAUUUAUAGACACUACACAGAUGGGACUUAUUCUACGGAGAUCCCUAAACCUUCCUGGCUUGGAUUCCUGGGCCCCAUCUUGAGGGCUGAAGUGGGUGAUGUGAUUGUCAUUCAUUUAAAGAACUUUGCUUCCCGACCUUACUCUUUGCAUCCACAUGGUGUUUUCUACAACAAGGAUUCAGAAGGAGCCCUGUAUCCAGAUGGAACAUCUGGAAAGAACAAGGAUGAUGACAUGGUUCCCCCUGGCAAAAACUACACUUACGUCUGGCCAGUGAGAGAAGAAUAUGCACCUACUCCAGCAGAUGCCAACUGUCUGACUUGGGUGUACCAUUCACAUAUUGAUGCUCCCAAGGAUAUCUGCUCUGGGCUAAUUGGCCCACUGCUGGUGUGUAAGAAAGGUGUCCUGAAUCAAUAUUCAGGGACAAGGACUGAUGUGGACCGAGAGUUCAUUAUAAUGUUCACUCUGGUGGAUGAGAACCAAAGCUGGUAUCUUGAUGAAAAUAUCAGACAUUUCUGCACUGACCCUGAUUCAGUUGAUAAACAAGAUGCUGUUUUCCAGAGGAGUAACAAAAUGCAUGCCCUCAAUGGAUACCUCUUUGGAAACUUCCCUGAGCCUGAAAUGUGUGUUGGUGAAUCUGUGUCCUGGCACCUAUUUGGAAUGGGGAAUGAGAUAGACAUCCAUUCCAUCUAUUUUUAUGGUAAUACCUUCAUCAGCAGAGGGCACCGAACUGAUGUUGUCAACCUGUUCCCAGCCACCUUCCUGACCACAGAAAUGAUAGUUGAGAAUCCUGGGAAGUGGAUGAUAACCUGCCAAGUCAGUGACCAUUUACAAGCUGGUAUGCUGGGGCAAUACAGUGUUGGUACCUGCAAAAAUGUUAUCUCUCACUCCAAGAUGAAGGGUCAACAGAGGCACUACUUCAUUGCUGCUGAAAAAAUUCUUUGGGAUUAUGGUCCUCAAGGCUAUGAUAAAUUCACUGGUCUUUCCCUGAAUGCCUCUGGCAGUGACUCUCAGUCCUACUUCAUACAAGGGGACAACAGAAUAGGAGGAAAAUACUGGAAGGCUCAGUAUAUCGAGUAUAUUGAUGCAAGUUUUACACGAAGAAAGAAACUCUCUGAGGCAGAAGACCAUCUUGGAAUUCUUGGCCCGGUCAUCAAGGCAGAGGUGGGUGAUACCCUAUUAGUGACCUUUGCCAACAAAGCAGACAAAGUCUACAGCAUUUUGCCCCACGGUGUGAUCUAUGACAAGGCAUCGGAUGCAGCCCCAAACAUAGAUGGGUUUCUGAAACCAGGGGCACAUGUGAAGCCAGGUGAAAUUUUCACAUACAGGUGGACAGUGCCUGAAAGUGUAAGCCCAACAGCUGACGACCCCCCCUGUCUGACCUAUCUUUACUUCUCAGCAGUUGAACCAAUCAAGGACACCAGCGCUGGCCUUGUAGGACCCUUGCUGGUCUGCAAAAAAGGUGUUCUCAAUGCUGAUGGAACACAGAAAGGAAUAGACAAGGAAUUUUACCUCCUAUUCACAGUCUUUGAUGAGAAUCUGAGUAGGUACAUAGAUGAAAACAUUCAGAAGUUUACCUGGCGUCCUUUCAGUGUUGACAAAGAAGACAAAGAGUUUGUGAAAUCCAACCGAAUGCACGCUAUUAAUGGCUUUAUGUAUGGCAACCAGCCAGGCCUAAGCAUGUGCAAAAAGGAUCGAGUCUCCUGGCAUAUGAUUGGAAUGGGCACUGACACCGACAUGCAUGGAGUUUAUUUCCAAGGGAACACCAUCCACCUCCGAGGGACUCACCGAGACUCACUGGCCCUGUUCCCUCACAUCUCCACAACAGCAUUCAUGCAGCCAGACCAUGCAGGCAUUUUCAGGGUGUUCUGUACCACCAUGCACCACUUCAUGAGAGGCAUGAAUCAGAUCUAUGAAGUCAACAGCUGUGGCAACAAGGACCCUUCUGAGCAGCCAUACGGGAUGAUAAGAACCUUUUACAUCGCUGCUGAAGAGGUAGAAUGGGAUUAUGCCCCUAACAAAAACUGGGAGUUCGAAAAGCAGCACUUGGACGCAGGAGGGGAAAGACAUGGAGAUAUAUUUAUGAACCACACUGAAAACUGGAUUGGCUCUCAGUACAAGAAGGUGGUUUACAGGGAAUACACCAACGGCGAAUUUGUGGAGAUCAAAGCCCGGCCGCCGCAAGAACAGCACUUAGAACUUCUGGGAGAAGUGAAAACUUACCAAUGGAAUAUCCCUAAAAGAUCAGGCCCUGGGCCUUCUGACCCAAAUUGUAUUCCGUGGGUUUACUAUUCAACAGUUAACUUUGUGAAGGAUACAUAUAGUGGUUUGAUGGGUCCUCUGAUUACAUGCAGAGAAGGAGUGUUGAAUGAAAAGGGAAGAAGAAGCGAUGUUGAUUAUGAAUUUGCUCUCUUGUUUUUGGUAUUUAAUGAGAAUGAAUCCUGGUAUCUGGAUGACAAUAUCAAGAAAUAUCUCAAUAAAGAUCCACAAAAUUUUAAGCACACUGAUGAUUUUGAGGAAAGCAACAGAAUGCAUGCUAUUAAUGGGAAGAUCUUUGGGAAUCUCCAUGGGCUCAUAAUGAAUGAAAAUACUAUGACAAACUGGUAUUUGUUAGGACUUGGAAGUGAAGUGGAUAUACACACCAUCCACUAUCAUGCUGAAAGCUUUCUUUUCAAAAUAGAUAAGUCUUACCGAGAAGAUGUGUAUGACCUCUUUCCUGGAACAUUCCAAACCAUCGAACUGUUUGCAGAUCACCCAGGGACAUGGCUGCUACACUGUCAUGUGUCUGACCACAUCCAUGCUGGCAUGGAGACAACUUACACAGUCCUCCGGAACAUAGACAACAGGAUUCCUUAUGCUACCAAGUCUCCUGAAGAAGCAUCUCACCCAGUCACUGUGGCCUCUGACGAAGAACCUGGUAAGGAGAAGCUGUAUUUCUUUGGCAAGAACCUGGGUCCCAGAGGUGCCAAGGUAGCUUUGGUCAUCCUUUUUAUCAUCGGACUCAUCCUCGUGAUAGCCACAGUGAUCCUGUCCCUCAGACUCUGUUCUGUGAAGAAGCAGAUGGCAUACCAGGCAGUCCAGUCCUGUGCUCUCCCCAUGGAUGCUCUGUGA